AUGUCUAACUUGAGGAGGGUGUUGGAGAGGCAAGAGCGAGAAGAGGAAGAAAUCAGGCACAAACAUGCUGAAGAAGAUCAUGAGUUAGAUGAAGUGGAGGAAGAAAUGGUUGUAACGGUGUGUAUGCUCAAUGAAUCAAGGCAACACCAUCGUCAUCUUGCCCCGAACAUGGACAGACAUAGGCACUCUCGGGGUAAGAAUCUCUUGGAAGAUUAUUUUAUCCCAAAUUCGUUAUAUCAUAAGUAUGAUGUUGUUGGGGGUUCGGGUCUUCUUCCUGAGCAAAAACUUACAUCUACUUUGCGGAUGCUUGCGUAUGGGGCAUUUGCAGAGCAGGUGGAUGAGAUUGCUAGGAUGGGGAAAUCAACUAUCCUAAAGUGCUUGGUUAAAUUUUGUGAUGCAAUAGAAAAUCCCUACAGUAGGGAGUACCUCCGCAAACCUACGGCUAGGGACCUCCGAAGGCUUGUACAAAAAGCCGAGGCUCGAGGUUUCGCAGGCAUGAUUGGAAGCAUCGACUGCAUGCACUGGCAGUGGAAGAAUUGCCCAACUGCUUGGCAAGGAGAUUAUGGGAAUAGAAAGGACCAAAAAAGUAUAAUUAUGGAGGCUGUGGCUUCAUUCGACACUUGGGUUUGGCAUUCCUUCUUCGGAGUUAUCGGAUCUCAGAAUGACCUCAAUGUGCUUAGUUAA